CAUUUAUAGUUCACAAUGGCUCAACGUCUCACCUACAGACGCCGCUGUUCUUACAACACCCGUUCCAACCGUUGGAGAGCUGUCAAGACUCCCGGUGGUAAGCUCGCCCUCCAAUACGUCAAGAAGCCUGUCAAGGCUCCUCGUUGUGGUGAUUGUGGAGAAACUCUCGCUGGUAUCAAGGCCCUCCGUCCUCGUGAAUUCGCCACUGUUUCCAAGACCAACAAGCACGUCAGCCGUGCCUAUGGUGGCUCUCGUUGCGCUCAAUGUGUUAGAAACCGCAUUGUCCGUGCUUUCUUGAUCGAAGAACAAAAGAUCGUCAAGAGAGUUCUUAAGGCUCAAAAAUAAGAAAGGACAUUUUAUUCACUUUUACUCUUCGUUAAUUAUUGAUAUUGUAGUGAAUCAAUAAAGUGGAAAUCAAAGUCAUACUCGCAGGAUGAUGGAUGAGAUUUU